AUGGUGCUAAUCUCUGAAGUCUAUAGGUACCUCUUAUCCCCAGUUGAAAAGACCUUAAAAACAUGGGAAGGAAAACAAGGCAUGAAAGGAAAACUCGGCAGAUGGUUCAGAAUAGGCAGAGUCCCAUUACCAAUUAUUGAAAGCUGGGGGAGAGUCUUCAAUACUUUGUACAUGAUGAUUUAUACAAUGACUCAACGUCCAUGGGGUCCUCUCUACAAAAGGCUAUUUGAAAUGGACAUGCACCCAGGUAAAUUCUACUACAUCUUUGCAAGACACCGUUUAAUCCUCUUUUUCUGGUUCGGUCACAGCUUCAUUUAUGACUACAACAUGAUGUCUUCGAUGAAAAACAACUCUGAUCACUUGGCUUAUUUCAAUGCCAAAUAUUCAAGAAAAUUCCCUAGAAAUACACUCAAUUGGAGAACAUCUGCUCACUACUUGGAAAUUAGCCGCAUUUACACGGUAGAAAUGAUCAAGAAGUUAGCUGUCAUUGAGCAAGAGUUGGCAGAAGAGCAUAGAAGACAGAAAGCCAUUGCUCUGAUUAACUAA